AUGAUGACUCUAGACAAGGAAAACUCGAAUGAAUCCAAUGAACGGCUCCUGCAGCUGGUGGGAAUUGAAAACCCUGGUGUCAACGACGUGCCUAUGGGCCGGGGUGGCUUUGUAAACUCCCACCCAGGACACCGACAAUACAUGAGAAUGGUGCGGGGUAGGAAGCUUGACUAUGUAUCAUGCGAGAAAUCUGAAAAGAUCAAGAUCGCAUGGAGUAUCGUGAGGGACCUUCGUUCCUUGGACCCACCAGCGAGGUUUCUACGAAAGGACAGGGCGACAGGUCUUUGGUAUGACGUUGGGGACAAGAAGUUCAGAGAAAAGGUUUCGCAAGCGCUGAGAGAGCACCAGCCAUUGCUAAAGGCUGUGAUCGACCUCGAAGAUCUGGGUUCAGACAUUUGGGAGUCGAAUGGGAGGGACACACAAUUGGAACCAAUCCUCGAGCAACGUCAAUCAUUGACACCCCCGGCCACGUUACGACUGCCAUGCGAUUCGGAACAGCGUAGGAUGGCAUUUGCUUCUUCCAGGGUUGAACUGAGCUCGAUGCUCCAUGUCACUGACAUGUCUGGUUGCGACGGCUUCCGAGACGAAGGCUCCCUCAACCUAAGCGAUUUCACGCACGAAGAACGGUUCUCCUCUGCACUGCAACGAGACACAUCAUCAACAAACCAAGCUGGGGUUUGUGGACGGAUCUGGCCAAAACAUGAGGAACCGAAGCGUUGUUCGGUGGAGGACGCACCCGGUUUGCAGGGCCCCGAAGCUGCUGAAACAGGGAUGUUUUUGGGCUCUCUGGGCAGCAACUUUCUAUUCGAGUCCAGCGACGAGCCUGAGAUGAUGAUAUUGGGCUGA